AUGAAACUGCUUCAUUUUCUAGCCAUUUCCAUGUCAACACUCUUGGUGUCAUGCCGCGUGGAAGAGGUAACGUCACUUGAUUUUUUCUACGACACUGUGAACCGCGAUGCUUAUACUGUCGUGAAGUAUUUUACUACUUGGUGCUCGCAUUGUAAAGGACUUGCACCUGUUUUCGAGCAACUGAGUGAGAAAUUCGAGAAUUCUUCGGCAAAUGUUACGUUUCUGGAGGUAAAUUGCGAGCUUUUUGCAUCUUCUAUCUGCCGAAGACUUCCUGGAUACCCUAUGGUGGAAGUGAUCAAACCAUUGAAAGAGUCAGAACAAAUUGAUGCGGAACCAGAAGUUCCUGUCAAGAGGUCAUGGUGGUCCAGAAUCAUCAGUUCAAUUCAAAAUAGGGCAUUUAACGCACAAUGGGAUAUGGACCUCAGCAGAGUGGCCGAAUUCAAAGGAAGCAGGGACCUACCGAUCCUGACCAAUUUUGUGGAAAAAGUGAUUGAAAAUACCGAACAGGAAAAGAACAUUGAGUAUAUCUUGUCUGACCGCCGUUGUUCUGACGAAGAAUGUUUAACGCUAAGGAAAUAUUUAUCACAGGUUGAUGAUUCCAAGAAAGAGAUCAGAAAGUUGGAAAAGACACUAGAAAUUGACGAAAACAAGUAUCCCGAAACGACCAAAUUGAAAAUCGCUUUGCUGAGGGCUUUGGAAAACACUAGGCAGACCGAAGACCGCGAUGAAUUGUAG